UACGUCACCAGUGCUUUGUUCUAUGAAGGCAAAGGGUUUUUAUUAGCCAAUCGCGUAUCGUUUCGCUUGGAUACUUGUCAGAUGCCUUUACUUCGCGUACACUUUGUAUUCAAAUCACACGAGGCAAAAGUACGAACAUCAAAUUACUUCAAGUAAGGCCUGGGAAUUGGCCGAUGGGGCCAACUAAAAGCUUCAUUUAAUCACCAAAUGUGAUUUAUUGGAUAUUGCUGUCAUUUAGGCCAUAGAGACUAUUACUACAAAAGUUACUUGAUUUAUCUAUUGUGUUGUGUUGUUUAAUAAGAACGUUUCAACACAGUGGUAUGGAACUAGAGUUAGAUGGAAUUCUACCAGGCUCCUAUGUAAAACAACAAAGAAUUUCAAAGGAUGGUAAAAGGAGGUCUACGUCAAGGAACUUUGAAAAACGACGUCUAGUCUCUAAGAGGGGCAAUAUUCAAAUAUUUGCUGACAACGUCCCCGAGCGGCGGCAGCUCUACAUCGCUGACCAUUUUACUACACUGAUCGAGGCUCGUUGGCGGUACGUUUUCCUCAUUUUCACUGCGGCGUUUUUGCUGAGCUGGCUCUGCUUUGGUUCUAUCUGGUGGGGAAUAUAUUAUUAUCGAUGGAAGUAUCAUCAGAUAUUUUGCAUCGAGAAAGUUGAUAGCUGGACAUCCGCGUUCUUAUUUUCUCUUGAAACUCAAACAACUAUUGGUUAUGGAGGAAGGCAGGUCACUCCACAUUGCCCAGAAGGAGUAAUUUUAUUAAUUUUCCAAUGUAUCAUAGGACUAUUAAUUUCUACUACAAUGUUAGGGCUAAUAUUUGCCAAACUUUCACGACCACAUCUUAGAAGAAGAACAGUGAAAUUCUCGAACCACGCUGUAAUCGCUCUUCGAGAUGGCAAGUUGUGUCUGAUGUUCAGAGUAGGUGAUGUUCGCAAAACUGCACUUUUAGAGACCCAUGUACGAGCUACAUUAAUCAGGAGACAUUAUACAAAGGAAGGRGAAGAUAUAGGGUUCUUUCAACAGAGUUUACCACUACAACACGAUGAAAGUGACGAUGAAAAACUAAACAUCUUUAUACCUGCUAUAAUCUUUCACGAAAUUAACGACGAAUCACCAUUCUACAACUGUUCCCCUGAGGACAUUUUACGACUGGAUUUUGAAAUAGUUAUAAUUUUGGAAGGGAUUGUAGAAUCAACAGGUAUGACAACACAAGCGAGGACAUCCUAUCUUAGCGAUGAAAUACAUUGGGGUCAUUUAUUUGAAGACAUCGUGACRCGGGACAGCUUUCGCCAUGGCAUGUAYCGCGCGAAUUUUGGUAGAUUUGAUGACAUUUAUCCUGUGCCAACUCCACGGUGUUCUGCCAAAGAAAUUGCCGAAAGGCAUAGUAGUGGGCAAUUACAAUCACUUCAUUCUCCAAGUAACUCGACUCGAUCAACAACAGAAAAUGCAAGCCAGGAACUCUUGGAUGAAAAGGCUGAAAGUGAAAUGCCGACGGUGGACCGCAAUUCGGUUCAGCUUGUUCCAAACGGUGGUGCUCGUGUUAAUACUUCAAUGAUAACCAAGCUAUAAUAAGUGCUUAUUAUUUAUUCAGAUGGGUUAACCGUAUUAUCUGAUAAGAAUAAAGAUUUUAUCGCUCAUCAAAAUAUAAUUUACAUGACAAGGUGAUAAAAAUGUGUUGACAAUUGUUAAUUCUUGAAAAUAAUYAAUAGUUUGUUCAACACUUCUCAUUCUAGCUACAACUAAAUAUCGGUUGUAGCUAUUUUUGUAAAUAUAAACCACAGAUUUAUUUAGCGAUAUUUAUUAAGUUUGUUCAUAAAACCACAAAUGCAGAUGUAAAAAUAGCGUGACAUUGAAAUCGAGCUGUGAGUAUUUCAUAGUACAAAAGUGUACACUAUUUAUAAAUUACUGGUGUUUGAAAAACCGCAAAAAAACUUUGAUUAUUUAUAUAUUAGAUUUGAUACGACGUAUUCUAAAUUAAUUCAUAUUUGAAAUGUUAGRUUCACAAUAAAUAAAAAAAGACAUGUUGUGUUUUGACUUGUCUCAU